UCAAGGGGUGUGAAUACUUUCAGGGCACUGUAGUUGUUUCCCCCACUCACCUGCCUAUUGUGCAAGCUGCUGUCAACAACCCAUCACAACACACACCCACGCACAAUCACACAUAUACCUGACUAGCUGGAAGUACCUUUUUUGGCAGUGGUGCAGCAGCUUUGUAGGAAAGUCACAGACUUAUUUCAUUCUUUCAACUCCAUUGCAGAAGAAAGCACCCAGAAGAAAAAUAGAUAUAAGGAGACAAUGACGGCUGAGGCGGGGGUCCUGGAGCUGUUUUCGGAGCAGGAACUGACCUGUUCCAUCUGCUUGGACCUGUUCAACGACCCAGUGUCGACGCCCUGCGGACACAACUUCUGCCAGGUUUGCAUCGGAGGCUACUGGGCCUCCAGCGCCACCUGCACCUGCCCGCUCUGCAAGCAUCAGUUCCCCGAGCGGCCUCAGCUCAACAUCAACCGAGUCUUCGCCCAUAUCGCAGAGAAAUACAAAGAAGCUCGCUACGGCACGGGAAAGCCGCACAUGUUGGACAUGAAGACACCGGGAGCCAUGGCCCACAGCAACCCGUUUCUGGAGGAGAUGAUCAAAUGUGACGUGUGCACAGGGAAAAAACAAGCGGCGAUCAGCUCGUGUUUGACCUGCACGGCGUCCUACUGCGAGGCCCAUGUGCAGCCUCACCUGAACACGCCCUUCUACGCCAACCACCAGCUCCUGGAGCCCCGGGAAGCACUUCGCGGCCGCACCUGCCCACUGCACCACCGGCUUCUGGAGGUGUACUGCCGCACGGACCAGAUCUGUAUCUGUGCCAUCUGUGUGCUGGAGGAGCACCGCACACACCGCACCGUGUCCGUGCAGACAGAGAGAGUCAACAAACAGAAACUCAUUGGGAAGACGGAACUGGAGAUUCAGAACAGGAUUGAGGGGAAGAGCCUCCGUCUGAAUGAGCUCAAGAGCCGACUGGAGACCGUCAGGAACUAUGCACGGGGUGAGCUGUCGGAGGUGGAGCAGUUGCUGGGGAACCUGAGUCGCUCGGUGAACAGGAUACGUGAAGAGCUGGUGGGCGGGAUCGAGGAGAAGCAGGCGUCGGUGGAGACAAGGGGGGAGGGACUAGUGACUCGUUUGGAGGCGGAGCUUGGCCAGCUGCAGGUGCGGCGAUCCAGACUAGAAGCCCAGGCCACGUCUGAUGACCACAUUGGCUUCCUCCAGAGUUUUGAGGAGGCGAGUGCCCCCCUACAGGCAGACUCUGACACCCAGGAGUUGGAUGCCGAGGCGGAGGUGUCGCUGCAUUUCUCUCUGGGGGAGGUGAAGGUGGCUCUGGGGGAACUGAAGAAGAGUAUGGAUGAGAUCCGCAUGGGGGAGGUGCACUCCCGAGGCUCCAUUACUUCCCUACGGGAGAGCGACAGUAUGAUGAGUGUACAGACACUACGGACCACUAAGAGUCAGUGGUCUCUACGAGAUCUAAAAAAGAUCAAAUCAGGAUCAGGACUGAAGAAGAUCCAGUCUUAUUUAGAGGAUGUGACGCUAAACCCGGUGACGGCGUACCCCUUCCUCAUCCUCUCUGACGACAGGAAGCAGGUGAAGAGAGGAGAGAAGCUGCAGUUCUACAGGAACAGCACGCAGCGCUUCGACGUCUGGUCCUGCGUGCUGGCCAAAGAGGGCUUCACCUCGGGGCGACACUACUGGGAGGUGAACGUGGGUGAGAAUAAAGACUGGAAGGUGGGCGUGAUGCGGGAGUCAGCCCAGAGGAAAGGUCUGUUUGACAUGAGCCCCAAUAGCGGUUACUACGCCCUCUGGUGGGGGGGCACCCACCUGCGUGCCCUCACCACCCCGGCCCUCACCAAGGUUAAGACAUCGGUGCGCCUCCGCAGAGUGGGCGUCUACCUGGACUACGAGGUGGGUCAGGUGACCUUCUACAAUGCCAAGACAGGCUCGGAGGUGUACAGCUUCAGCGUGGCAGAGUUCUCUGAGAGGAUGCUUCCUCUGCUGGGCACUGGGGACAGGGAGGUGCCCCUGGCUCUCAUGACCACACAGUGUGGCAGCGUGCCCGAGUGAGAGGAUAGGGAGAGACGGUAGUGAGAAUGAAUGGUGAGCGUAUGUAUAGAAAAUUAUGAACGUUUUUAGGGUGAAUGUGCUUGAAGAUGAAAGUGAGGCAAUUUAAUAGUGGGAGUGAAAGUGUGGGAUUGUGAGAAAAGGGGAAGUGAGAUGAGGCAUGUGAGACGGAGGGGGGAAGGGGACAAAGAGAAAUUGAGGCGUAUGGGGUGAAAAUAAGAUGGAGAGAAGUCUCAUCUCUACAUUUUGUCUGCAAACUCCAUUUCAACUGUUGGCAUUAUGUCCUGUACCCACCGCACAUUUGACACAUUGCACACACACUGGUUCACAAUGUACUGAUGCACUGAAAGGCAGGUGAUGGGGCAAAACACUUGUGUGGAAUCUUGGCAUUACUUCAUGGUCAGGAAUUAGUAAGUCAGAAUUGGAAUCUGAAAUCACAAUGGUACACUUGUUGUAUUCUAACCCUCUUCGUUGUCAUAAUUUUCUAAUAUUUGUGUCAGUUGCUUCAAGGUUGUUUCACACUAACUCAGGGUUUCCCAAACUCGGUCCUCGGGACCCCAAGGAGUGCAAGCUUUGGUUUGUGCCCUAGCACUACACAGC